AUGUGGACAACCACCUCUGGCUUUCGGGGCCGAAAGCUCCGUCUAGCCAUCACCAUCACCGCCGUCCUAGGUUUUUCUCUCUUCGGUUAUGAUCAGGGUUUGAUGUCCGGUCUUAUCGCCGGUACUGAGUUCACGAAAGAGUUCCACGCGCUAUACAUCCCCGAAGAUGCACUGGCUUCCUACAAGUCGCAUGUCUCGGUGCUCCAAGGUGCGGUUACGGCUUGCUACGAACUGGGCUGUUUCUUCGGUGCCAUUUUUACCAUGAUGUUCGGUGAACGGAUUGGUCGUACCCCUUUGCUCGUGGCUGGUGGUAUUAUCAUGGCCGUCGGUGCCAUCAUCUCCACUGCUUCUUUCGGUACUCACUGGGGUCUGGGCCAGUUCGUUAUCGGCCGUGUGAUUUCCGGUCUUGGAAACGGUAUGGAUACCGCUACGAUUCCGGUCUGGCAAUCGGAAUGUUCUAAGGCUCAUAACCGUGGUUUCCUCGUCUGUUUCGAAGGUGCUAUUAUCGCCGUCGGCACGUUCGUCGCCUACUGGAUUGAUUUUGGUCUCUCGUACGUGGAUUCCUCGGUCCAGUGGCGGUUCCCCGUUGCCUUCCAGAUCCUCUUUGCCAUCUUGGUGACCGUCGGUGCUCUCAUGCUGCCCGAGUCUCCUCGGUGGUUUGUUAUGCGGGGAUAUGAUAAGGAGGCUUGUGAGGUACUUGGUGCUAUUAAUGAUCUUCCUCCGGAUUCAGAGGAGGUGCUCGCCGAUUUCAACCUUAUGAAGGCCGAUCUCGCUGCUACCGAAGGAAACAAGGCCAGCUGGAAAACGCUUUUCACCUUCGGCAAGACCCAGGAGUUCCAGCGUAUGAUGAUCGGUUGUUCUGGACAGUUCUUCCAGCAAUUUACCGGAUGUAAUGCCGCUAUCUAUUAUUCUACCCUACUGUUCGAGCAGAACCUGCACUUGGAGAAGCGUCUCUCGCUGAUUCUAGGUGGUGUCUUUGCUACCGUCUAUGCUCUUGCUACUAUCCCCUCCUUCUUUAUGAUUGAGAAGGUUGGUCGUCGUAAACUGUUCCUGAUUGGUUUUAUGGGUCAGGGUCUCAGUUUUAUUAUUACUAUGGGUUGCCUGAUCAGGGAGAAUGAGCAGAACGCCAAGGGCGCUGUCGUUGGUAUCUUCUUGUUCAUCGUCUUUUUCGCCUUCACAACUCUCCCCUUGCCCUGGAUCUACCCUCCCGAGAUCAACCCGCUCCGUACCCGUACCUCAGCUGCCGCUGCUUCUACUUGCACGAACUGGAUUUGCAACUUCGCCGUCGUUAUGUUCACCCCAGUCUUCUCCACUGCUAGUCCCUGGGGUAUUUACCUUUUCUUCGCCUUGGUCAACUUCUCCGCCAUGCCUUUCGCCUGGUUCUUCUACUGUGAGACCGCUGGCCGUGCUCUGGAAGAGAUUGACAUCAUUUUUGCCAAGGCCCAUGUGGAAGGAAAAUGGCCUUACCAGAUUGCCGAUACCAUGCCCAAGCUCACCCCUCAGCAGAUGUCUCAGAUGGCGAUCGAGCUGGGCUUGGAUGUGUCGGAGCAGCCUGCCGCAUUUGGAGCUGAGAAGGCUGAGCUCGCCCUCAGCAGUGGCGAGAGUCAGGAAAAACAGACUGCUAAUUAG